AUGACGAUCCGAAGUCUGAUCCAGGAAAUGCGGUCUAGACCACACCGCGUGGUCCACGACGCAGCUUCAACAGCUUCUGGUUCGGAAUCUUUCCGAUGGUCGGAGCUCCCGGAGGAGCUGCUCAGAGAGAUUCUGAUUAGGGUCGAGACGGCGGGCGACGGCGAUUGGCCGUCGCGGCGAAACGUGGUGGCUUGCGCCGGCGUUUGCCGUGCUUGGCGGUUGCUUAUGCAAGAGAUCGUCUCUGUUCCUGAAAUAUCCUCAAAAUUGACUUUCCCUAUCUCUCUCAAGCAGCCUGGACCAAGGGAUUCUCUGGUUCAAUGCUUUAUAAAACGUAAUCGAAAUACGCAAUCAUAUCAUCUCUAUCUCGGGUUAACCAACUCUUUGACGGAUAACGGGAAGUUUCUUCUUGCUGCUUGUAAGCUGAAGCGCGCAACUUGCACUGAUUACAUCGUUUCUUUGCAUUCAGACGAUAUGUCCAGGAAAAGCAACGCAUAUCUCGGCAGAGUGAGAUCAAACUUCCUUGGAACAAAAUUCACGGUCUUUGACGGUAAUCUGAUGCCACAGACCGGAGCAGCUAAGAUGCUGAAGAGCCGCUCUUCUAAUCUCAUGAAAGUUUCUCCUAGAGUUCCUCAGGGAAGUUACCCUGUCGCUCACAUUUCAUACGAGCUAAACGUCUUAGGCUCCCGGGGACCAAGAAGAAUGCGUUGCCUAAUGGAUACAGUACCUUUGAGCAUUGUGGAGCCCCGAGGAGUAGCUUCUACAUCCAUAAGCUCCUUUCCCACUCGGUCAUCACCGUUCUUUAGGUCACACUCAAAACCAGUGGGGGGAAGCAACUCAUCUUGCAGCAACUCAGGCAACAACUUGAGAGCUCCACCAUUGGUCCUGAGCAACAAGACUCCACGAUGGCAUGAGCAGCUGCGUUGCUGGUGCUUAAAUUUCCAUGGUCGAGUCACAGUGGCUUCGGUUAAGAACUUUCAGCUUGUGGCGGUCAGCGAUUGUGAAACAGAGCAGCCAUCUGAGAGGAUCAUCCUCCAGUUUGGGAAAGUCGGGAAGGACAUGUUCACUAUGGAUUAUGGAUAUCCGAUUUCUGCGUUUCAAGCGUUUGCCAUUUGCCUGAGCAGUUUUGAGACCAGAAUCGCCUGUGAAUGA